CCACGUUUGAGUAAUUGUCCCUUAGCAAACUCGGGAGCGGGGUCUUUCGCUGUCGAGCACAUGGGUGCACAAGUCGAGGCGUUGACGGACGGCUCAUCCUUGACUCGCAGCACAACAACACAAUUCAAAUAUAAGGUGAGGGGUCCGCACGCUGAGCAAGCAUCAUCCUGUUUUUGUUCUCCUACCUACUCAUACUUCGGCUCAAAAUGCCUUCCAUCACCACUUUCCUUCAACUUUCCGCCCUUGCCGGCGCUGUCCUCGCACUCCCGAGCAACAUGACUAUCAUCGAGAACGGCAAGCGCGGGUCUUGCACAGUCAACAGCGUAGCCAGCUCGAAAAACUUGAGCGGCUGCUCCAACGUCGUUAUCCAGGGCUUCACUGUGCCUGCCGGUAACACGAUCACGAUCGCCGCUGCGAAGGGCGCGACGGUCACCUUGGCUGGUGACGUCGUUUUCGCCAAGACUUCGACCCAAGGCCCGCUUUUCACCUUCAACACUCCCGCAAUCAACUUCAACGGAGGGAAUCACAAGAUUAACGGUAACGGUGCCUCGUACUGGGAUGGCAAAGGCACCAACGGUGGAUCGUUCAAGCCUCACCCCUUCAUCAAGGUCAAGGGCUACGGCAACUUCAAGCAGUUCACCGUUCUAAACUCGCCGGCUCAAGCGAUCUCUGUUGGCACCACCGGAGCCACGACCAUCUCCCAAGUCACCGUCGACAACUCGCUCGGUGACUCCAAGGGCGGCCACAACACUGAUGGAUUCGACGUCAGCGCCGACGACGUCACGAUUUCGUCGUGCACAGUCAAGAACCAGGACGACUGUCUUGCGCUCAACUCAGGCAACAACAUCGUCUUUGAGGACAACACCUGCGCGAACGGCCACGGCAUCUCCAUCGGCUCGAUCGCUACGGGCAAGAGCGUGACGAACUUCAAGGCGCUCCGCAACACUGUCACCAACAGCUUGUACGGUAUCCGCAUCAAGGUCCAGGCUUCUGCGAAAAACGCCAAGGUUUCUAAUGUCCUCUACGACGGAAAUAAGCUCUCCGGAAUCAGCUCGUACGGUGUUCUGAUCACUCAGAGCUACCCCGCCAACGACGGCAAGCCUGGAUCCGGCGGCCCCAUCUCCGAUGUCAGCUUCUCUGGCGCCCCGACUACCGUCUCCGGUACCAAAAACGCGUAUGGCCUGGUCGUUGACUGCGGCGCUUGCACCGGUACCUGGGACUUCUCCGGUCUCCAAAUCACCUCUGCGGGUAAGGGCCACGCCCUUGCGCUCAACAAGGCCAAGCUCUCUGGCGGCCACUUCUAAUCAUUCUGCGCCGUAUAAUUAUCUCUCCCCCGAUUCUCCGGAGUCUAGCACUAUCAUUCAAUAAUUGUAUCCCCAUAAUCUGCUUGGUGUUGACUGGAGGAUACAAUAUAUUCGUU